AAAAAAAAAAAAUGAACAAUAAAUCGACGGAAAAUUUGCUUGAGGCCGAAGACGUCGAAUCUCUUGACAUUCAAUCGUUGGAACUUGAAAAUUUGAAAGCAUCUCAUUCCAAUCAGUUUAAUACUGAAAUUCAAAAUGAUGAAAAUCGUAAAAAAGUGAAAAAAAAAUUUAUGGUCGAAAAUUCUGAAAUCGAUAGUGCCGAAUUGAAAUCAUUGGAUCGUCCAAUUCCAGCGGUACGGAAAUUAAGUUUGGCCCCGAUUGCAAGUAAGAGAAAUAGUAAAAAUAGCAAGGAGUUGAAGGAAGACUGUAAUCAAUUGGUAUGGAAACAAUCUCUUCCAAGCGACGACACCAUUCAAAUUGUCAAUGAACAAAAUACGGUACAUAAACACAAUUUAGAUGUUGAUUCUAAUGUGGAAAAGCGUCAAAAAUCAGGAAGACAAAAUUGCAUUGAAUUGUCUUCGUUCGGAAAAGAGAAAAAAUCGAAAAAACGUUUUUCGUCAAUUCAAGCGAAUGAAGAGACCACAUCGUUCAUCUCAUAUGAAGAGAAACAUGAAAAAGAAGACAAUUCGGAGCAUAAUCAGUCAAAUCGUUCGUCUACAAAUGUUAAAAAAAUUUCGGAUGACAAAAUAAGUGGACGAAGAAAUGAGGCGUUUGUUGAUUCCGACGAUAAUGUAUCAAUAACUAAAACUCCUGAUGAGAGUGAAGUGAAUGUAAAAAUUUCAAAAAUUGAGUCAAAAAAGAAAAAAAUUAAAUCGAAAUCGAAAAAAUUAAAACGUUCCCGUCACAGUAUUGAAAAAAGGGACAAAGACAGUAAGGGCACGAAUAAAAAACACGAAACACAAGAAACAUACGAUUUUAAAAGACUUAUCGGCGUUUGGAUACAUCAAAGUUCCGCUUUACGAUUUGAUCCAUUGAUAAGGCAACCACGAGUUAGGGUAUCAUUUUUUGACCUAAACGAUGGUGAAUUGCUGAACAAAAGUAAUCCACUUCGGAAUGCCGUUUCAAACUAUGAACCAACCAAUGUUACAUUCAUCCAACCGAUUUUGAGCAAUAGAUGUAAAUUCAAAGUGUCAAGUGAAAUCGAAUGCGAUUGGGGCGAUGAAGUUUUACUUAUAAAUGAGGAUAUACGACAUAUCCAGAGAGAUCAUGUCAUUAUUUUCUUUGAAAUUGUGGAUAUUCUAGUUUCGGAUGGUUGGUAUCCGAUUUGUUGGGCUUUUUUGCGGCCAGGAAAUGACAAAACAUUUUCAAACCUUAAUGUUCGGUGUGAUCUUCAACUAUAUUACUAUCAACGUGCCAAGAAUAAUAUCCUCAACGAAUGGAAAUCACAGAAGAAAAUCAAAUAUCCAGCCAAUUUAUCGGUGACUGUUGCAUCGUACCAACAUAAAUCAUCGCAAAGUGUGUCAUUGACACGGCCAAUGAGUGUGUUGGAAGAAGAAAGAACCGAGGAUAUUUAUACUUUUGCCACUGACGAUGAAAAAUUGAGCGAACAAUCAUACCCAGAAGAAAAAUCAAAAACAAAUCAACGGGCUGAAAAGUUGACACACAAUCCAGAUCGACUUGAAUCAAAAAUGUUAAAUCUGAAGACUAGAUUGCCUGGACAGCAAUGCAAAUGUCCAAAUCGAUUGGUUUACAAGCACGAAAUCUCAAAUCACAUUCGUGGUCAUACAAAUCCAUCUCAAUAUGGUACAAUGAUUGUGAAAUUCAGCCCAAAUGGUUCACAACUUGCAUUCCAUCAUACAACUUAUACGAGAAGUAAUCAUGAAAUUAUCGUUAUGAAAGUGAAUAGUCUGCAAGUAUCGCAUGUUUUGACUGGGCAUUUGAGCCUUAUAUAUGACAUUGAUUGGCUAAAUGAGAGAAUUCUCAUUUCCGUUGCAUCUGAUCGAACAGCCAUCGUUUGGUUUCUUAGUGACGAGAAUUUUAAAAUAAAGGUAUUGAUUCCACAUCCUUCAUUUGUCUAUGUAACCAAAUGGUUAAGCAAACUAUCUGAAUGUGAUGCGGAUCAUGCAUAUGCAGUAACAGGUGGUCGUGAUUGUAUUUUACGAGUGUGGAAAAUCAAUAUGAACAUUGACGCUGAUAUUGAAUUGUACGAUGAAUUGAUUCAACAUGACAAUUACAUUACCUCAUUGGCAAUUGCAGGCAAAUCAUUGCAUUUAUAUUCAGCUGAUUGGAAUGGUGUGUUGCUUGAAUGGUGCCAAACAAAAAACCACAAAGAAAAUGAUGAUGGACCAUUAUAUCAAAUGAGCAGGAAAAUCAAAAUAUUCCCGAAAGGAAUAUUCCGAAUUGAAAUGCAUGUAAAAAGUAAUCGUUUGUUUGUUCAAUGUGAUCCGUUGAUUUAUGUAAUCGAAACAACGUCUGCGGUUGUUGUAAGAACGAUAAAAUUGUUGAGCGAUGAUCACAUCGAGCCAGAGAUACAUGACACAUUCACGAUAUCACCAUGUGGAUCAUUGAUUUUUAUGAAAAGUCCAUAUGAAAAUCAAAUCAAAUGUAUUCGCAUAUCAAAUGAAGAGCACGUUGGGCAGUUUCGUUUGCCAAUUUCAUUAAUCACAAAAACAUAUACGGUCACAUCAUUAAGUUAUCAUCCAACCAAAGAUCUAAUUGCAUGCGCCAUAUUCGGCGAUUUGAUUCAUUCGAGCAUGUUUUUGUGGUGCAAUGGUGUCGAUAAUGUGAGCACCUUCGAUCCGCCGAAUGAAGACGAUGCACACACCAAAUAUGACACAAUGUUCAAUUCACAAGAAUGUUAUAAUGUUAAAACACAAGAGACAAUUACAGCCGACGGCAUAAAAUCCAUUUUAAAUCGUAUUGACGAUUUAUUCUUUAUGGCAGUACGAAGCUCGAUCGUUGAAAACGAUCAAUUCAAGGACAUGGAAUUACUCUUACAUAAACUCUCUUUACAGUCGAAAACAAUGCCAUCAGACAAUACAAUUACAAAAGGUCAAAGUACAAAUGACGAAGAGGAACAUAUGUUUGACAUUUCAAACGAAUCGAACGGACCAGAAAUAUCCAGACGACAGUCAAGACAACUUCAGAGUGUUACAAAUAUUAUACCAAAGAGCAUUGACUCAAACAGUUCUAAACAUACAUUUCAAAUUAAAACAGAAAAAUUAAAUCAAAAACAAACCGACGAAACACAAUCCGAUUUGAGCGAACCAAGCAAUCUCACGUUCGAAAUUAUAAAAUCAAAUGCUUGAUUAAGUGCUGAUGUCAAUAACAAAGCA